CUGUUUUAGCAGUUUGCAACUAGUGUACUUGUCUUUCAACCUUUUUUUUCUUCCAUUUCAAUUGUUGUCAUUGUCUUAAUAUGUUGUCUGGUGCUUUUUAGAGUUAUACACUGUUUGCAUCUGCCAUGAACACUGGGUAUGAUUACCUUUUUAAGAGCAUUCUUAGGACACACUAACUAAUGUUGCCAUGUUAAUGCAGAAGCAUGGAUGUGUGAAAAUGUGUUAGUUCAAGUAUUCAUGCUCCCUCUUACGCAGAUUUUAUUUCAGAUUUUUCGGUUUCCGUGUUUGUUUAUUUUCUCGAUUCUUAGUUCAUGUUAGAUAGUUCAGCAUUAUCAACCGAGUUUUGAAUUUAACCAAGAAAAAAAAAAUGAAUGGGUAUUGAGUACCAGAUUUCAUUGGUGGGUCUUCUAACUUCCUGAAUAUCUACAGAACGAAGAUCAAUGAAGUAUGUUAGUUGAUAAAGUACUUCCAAUAGAUUUAGGUAUGUUGAGUGAGUUUUUACUUUUUGGCAAUUCAAAGCUAAUUUCCGCUUCUUCCGGUCAAAAGGUUAGCCAUAAAGGAUGAGCUUUCACAAUGCUUCAAAUUAUUGAUAAGAUGUCAGUAAAACUGUUCAUCAACAGUGGAGUUUUUCUCGCUUACUUCAAGUUAUUUUAAUGGGUGGAAUGAAUCUUGAACUUUGUGAAUAUGUAACCUGAACCCAUAUUUCUUUGGUUUAGUCCUCUUUUUAUUUCUGUUGUAUUGAAACCUUUAGGAACAGAUAGAGAAACUGGUGUAGGAAAAGAAAUUACUUUUAUUGAUUGUUACCAUUCAAUGGCAUGAAAAAUCUCUCUUGGUUCGUGAAUAGUACCUGAAAUCAUGAACCACAAGCCAUGGCUUUGGAGGAAAAAAUCUAUGGAGAAAACAAUCUUUACAGGGGACAAAGAUGUCAGUCCUUCUAGACCCAUUGAAGAAGAGGUACACAAACUUCCAAUAACUAAAGAAUCUGGAUCCGAAAGAUCAUCAAUAAGUCUAAAUGAGAAGUUGGCAACAGUCCUUCUUGAUUCUCAUUCUGGAGAUGACCCUUUAGCAAAACAUGACCAAAAGUCUCAGCAGGAAAUUAGAGGCAAGGACAAGACAAAACAGAAAGUAAAAUCUGCUGAACACUUAGAUGAAAAAGCGUCUUCUGUGACUGUUUCUCCUGCGGAUGCAACAUUCAAGGAACCUUUGCAGCCACCAAGCUGUGUUGAAGAAGAAGAAGAGAAAAAGUUGAGUGGUGCCAUUCCAAAGAUAGCAAUAGAGGAUGAGAAGCUUCAGAAAGAAUUGGAAGAGAAGUUGAGGAAAACAAGUAAAAUGAUAGAUGACCUAACUUCCGAGAAUACUCAUCUUGCUAAUGCCUUGCUAACCAAGGAAAAAUCAAUUGGGGACCUAGUAAAAUGUAAGCAAGAAGCAGAUGCUGAAUUUAGUACAUUGAUGACAAGAUUAGACACCACAGAAAAGGAAAAUUCUUUUCUAAGAUAUGAGUUUCACGUGCUGGAGAAGGAGCUUGAGAUCCGGAAAGAGGAGACUGACUAUAGCCGUCAGUAUGCAGAUGCCUCUCAUAAACAGUACCUUGAGUGUUCUCAGAAAGUGUCAAAGUUAGAAGCCGAGUGUCAAAAACUCCGUCUUAUGCUACAAAAAAGACCACCUGGUUCUGCUGGUAUGGUGAAUAUGAAGAAUGAAGUUGGAAUGGUGAGAAGAAAAAAGUCAAAUUCCAACAGGGAAUUGAUCUACAAAAACAAUGAUGUUGGAAACUCUACUGAUGUAUCUGAGAAAAGUUUGGCCUUAAUGAUCAGACGCUUGCAAGAUCUGGAUGAGGAGAACAAGGCUCUCAAAAGAAUUUUAACCAAGAAAAACUCUGAACUGGAAUCUUCUAGGCUUAUGUAUGCUGAAACAGCUUCCAGAUUAUCACAGGCUGAGAUUCUACUUAGAAAGGUUUCUGAAAAUCAGAAGUGUAUGGAGCUAGCUAGGUGUUAUCCCACAUCAAAUGAACUUCCUUUGAUGUCGAAUUGUGACAUUUAUAGUGAUGAUGAGGCUACCUCUUCUGGAUCCUGGGCGAAUGCUCUUAUUUCAGAACUUGAACAUUUAAGAACUUCAGAGGCUAAAGUUCGUAAGAGCACUAAAGCCACUGAAGUUUCAGACAUGAGUUUCAUGGAUGAUUUUGUUGAGAUGGAAAAACGAGCUAUAGUUUCUAUUGAUACACCUAAAGGAGGGUGCUUCUCUGAUACAAGUGGUAGGGAGCUAGUGCCAGUUGAACAAGAUCUUCUUGGCUUCAGUGAGAGGAAAAAGGAGAUACAAUUCAAACAUACAACUGAAAAAUCAUUUGACUGGCUUCAGAUUGUUUUGAAUGCAAUCUUAGAGGAGAAAAACUUAUCAAAACGAGGUCUUCAUGAACUGUUUGAUGACAUAAAAAUUGCUUUGGAUUGUAUGAAUCACCCAACUACUUGUAAACCUGAUACAGAAGCAGAAAGCAAGCAACACUUAAGUUCUAAUUUGAGAAAGUCAAUCCACAGGAUUAUCAACCUCAUUGAAGGUAUUGCUCCAAAGCCAUUUAUGUGCAACAAUUGUUUAGAUUGCUUGGGGGAGAAUAAGCAUUCAGACAUAUCCCAGUCACCAACACCCAAAGACUAUUUUGUUCAUGUUUUCCAAUGGAAGGUAACAGACUUAAAUCCUCUCCUACACCAACUUGUUCAUACCUGCAAAGAUUUGUUAUCAGGAAGAGGUGAUUUUGAAAGUUUCAUUGAGGAAGUAGCAUUUGCUUUGAACUGGAGUGUUAAUAACUGUGCCACCUCCACAAAUGCUGCAAUUGCAAGGGAUAGGAUCAAGAAGCAUUUUAGCAAUCAUUUAUCACAAAAUGAAAAUAAAGUAGAUGAUGAAGAUAAACAGUCUUCUCAAUCAGCCUCAUAUGCAUAUCAAGAAGAUCAGUGUGAGCUCUUCAACACUAAGAAUAGUCAGUGUGAUCUCCUUGAAGAUAUUAGGAAGUUAAAAGAUGAUUUGAGGAAUGCAAAAUCUGCGAAGAAAGACUUGGAAGAGAAGCUGAUGUCAGCAACAGAUGAGAGUCAGAACUUGACAAAACAAUAUCAAGGAGCACAGAAUAACAUCAAAGGUUUAGAAUCAGAAAUAGAGACACUGAAAGAUCAGAUUGAGAAACAAAAGAUCAUAAAUGAAGAUCUUGAUACACAGCUUACAAUGGCUCAGGCUAAGUUAAAUGACAUUUUUCAAAAAUUUUCGUCCUUGGAAGUUGAAUUAGAGGAUAAAAAUAACUCCUGUGAGGAAUUAGAAGCGACUUGUCUAGAACUUCAACUCCAAUUGGAGAGCAUUGCAAAGAAGGAAUCUCCGACAUAUGGCAGAUACGAUGUAGAAAAGAUAUACCAAACUGGCUGGGAGAUCACAACAGCUUCAUCAAAGUUGGCAGAGUGUCAAGAAACCAUCUUGAACCUCGGGAAACAACUCAAGGCACUUGCUUCAUCUAGUGAAGUAGCCCUUUUUGACAAGGUUGUCUCUACAACUAGUACUGUGGCCAAUCCAACCCAGAAGAAGAACUUGAUCAAACGAUCCUCUCUACGCAAUCAAAUGCAAGCUGAGGAUGAAGCUAAAGGAAUUAUCCAUAAGUCUUUCCAAACUGAAGAAACUAGCAGAGAAAAAGAUGUGCACAUGCCACCCCUUCUUCAAUCUGAAACCGGAAAAUCUCUGCAAAGUCCUAAUGACUUAGUUAAUUCUCCAGAAACAAGUUCCACUUCAGAGAAAAAUGAUAGAAACAAAGGCACAGGAUCAAUGGCAAUUGUGGCAGGUAAAAAACAAGUAGGCUUUGGUUUCCUGAGAAAGUUGCUGUCAAGACGAAAGAAAGGGAGGACUAAGGGAACCAAGUUAUUAGCCAAAGCAUGACUGAGAAGGAUCUUGUAUAGAAUAUUUAUUAAGACAUGGUUAUGGUGUAAUAUGUUUUUGUCUGUUGAUAGAUUCUAAUGCAACAUGUUUUAUCGGUUGGCAAUGGGCUUCUUUGAUUGGAGAUGAUUGAGGUUGGGAGUUGAGACCCAAACAGUGAGCGCAAAAGUUUGGUUUUGUAAAUAUAACUGAUGUAAAUAUUCAUUGGUAUUUGAGGUUAAUGUUGGAAUGUUUUGUUUCCUUUUAAA